CACACACUUUCUCUCUCUCUCACACUGCAUCACCUCUCCCACAUCGGUCCACUUUCUUUCUCUCUCUACAUUGUCUGUUCCACUUUUCAACAUUUAAAAAAAAAAAACCCUCCGUUGGCUUCUGAUUUCAAGGGUUUUGAAGCUCCAAUCAGACUAAGCCCUAAAGAUAAAGGCAAAAAAGGAUUCAACUUUGUUUGCCAAUUUGUAAGCAAAUGAGUUCUUGUCACAGUAAAAUGCCUUCAGAUUCGAUAAAAGUAGUCCCUGGUAGGAGUAAACUGCGGGUUGAAUCUUCAAACCCGGUCGCCAGAGGGACUCAAAUGCGUAGAACUUCAAAGGUGAUGUUGAUCACUCCUGAGGAAGCUGUUAAACUAUCAUCCGGACUCAAUCAGGAAGUGGCCCUCCCUCCAGUUUCUGAGUCACCAAGAGCUAAUAAGAUUGCUCGUGCAACUUCUGAGUCACCAAGACCUAAGAUUGCUCGUGCAACUUCUGAGUCACCAAGACCUGUCUUGGCUGUUCAAAUCCCUGAAGUACUAAGGCCUGUUCCGGCUGUUCGAACUCCUGAAGCACCAAGACCUGUCCUGGCUCGUCGUCCCAAUUUCGAACCACAAAGAUUCCUCCCGGCUCGUUCUGCAGAAGGUUUAAGAAAAGUAAUCGUGUGCGGUCUUCGAGCUCAGAGUGUGAAUACUACUACAGCAGUGAGACAGAGAACCAAUCCAAGAAGUUUCCAUCAAUCUACGGAUGGCCUUCCUUCUAGUCCACGUGCUUUGGAGAUUCGCUCUAGAGUUAAACAACAAGCUGAUAAUGCAACACAUACUGUCGAAGGGACAGUUGUAGAAGUCGGUGAUAAAGCUGAAGAUCAUAAUGCCAAUGAGACAUGUCAACCAACCUCUAAUGAAAGAAUCUCCGAGUUACUUCUGCAUCGACCAGCUCUGCAUCCUACUUGGAAGGGACGCAUUGUGGACUCUGCCUCGCUGCCUGAGUUCGACUGCGAGUUUUGUGCUAAACCGGCAUCCUAUCUCAGCAGAAAGGCACUGAGACUUUCGAAAGAGAUGCCUACGUUACUCGAGGUAGAACUGCUUCCUACGGGCAAUAUUCUGAAUGAUGUGUUUCGCAGAUCCCCAAGGCUAUCUGAUGUGGAAUUCUACCUUUUCUCGGAUGAGAAGGAUACAGAAAGGUCUAAAAGGGAACAUGCACAUCUGUUUGAGGCCAUGUCCACUCGCAAUGCCAUGAUCAAAGCUAAUAUAAACGGCACAGAGUUGUUGAUAUUCUCCUCGAAACUAUUAGACAAGACUUCCCAGUUCUUCCUCAGGAAGCAGUACAAAACAGAAAACUAUCUUUGGGGUUUCUUUCUCCAUGAUAAAACCUCACAAGCACCUGUUCCAGGAACUUCUUAUCAAACUGAUAUAUAUCUUUCCGAUGGAGAUGUUGUUGACAUGGACAUAGACACUGACUACCCUACCCCGAACCUAGCUCUCAAGCUAAUAGCAGAAUCAUCACAAACCAUUCCCUCAAGCUCACCAGUGAAAGUGCACAGAGAAGUUAGCCCACCUCCUGGUUUCGAGAACCCUUCAAGAUCACCGGAGAAGGUGAACAAAGAACUCAGCGUGCCUCCUGGUUUCGAGAAGAUAUGGACACCACCCUUGGUGACACUCAACAUACAUGGAACGUCCAACGCUCUCUCUGGUCUGACCGGAUCCGCUGGAUUAGUGCGUAACGAGUCAGGGAAGUGGGUGUUUGGGUACAGCAGGUGUCACAAGAGCAUCUCUGAAGCAGCAGCUGUGCUUCUGGCUAUCUACCAUGGUCUUAAACUCCUCUGGGACAGCGGCUGCCGGAGAAUCCGCUUGGAGACGACAAGCCUUGAAGUCGUCGGUGCUCUGACAACAAAACCAAAGCUCUUCUACAAGAGAAAAUCGAUACUGGGGUUGUGCAAGGACAUGAUCUUGAAGAGCUGGGAGUGUGAGAUUUACCAUGUCUCCAGAGAAGAGAACUCGUGUGCAGAAUGGCUAGGUAGCAGACUAGAUGGACAGCAGGUUCAAGGAUUGGUGUUCUUCGAAUACCCUCCUCUAGGCCUUGUUGAUCUUCUGGAGAAAGACCGUCUUGCAGCUAUAGAUAAGUAACAGUCAAAGAGUGAUGAGCAAUAUGUUAGUUUAGAUAGAGGUACAUAUCUUGAGAAUAUUGAGUGUAUUUAGAAGAUGAUUUUUUGAGUGUCUAUGUGACAUCUAAUCACACGUAAGUCUUAAGUAGUAGUGGAGUUUCAUUGUAACCAAAGACUCCUUUUAUGAAAAAACGAAAUAAUAUGGUGUAACUAAAGACUAAACGAUG